AUGGGCCAAUUGCUCAGCACGACAAGCUGGACAAAGGACAGCCGAUCGGAUGAUUCAAUAGUCGUUACGCCGAUGCAGUCGAAGGUGGUAGGCAGGACGUAUUUUGGAUGCUGCUGUAGCCCAAAACGAAUGUAUAAAGUAUUCAAGUAUGCUGUUGAAGAAUGGGUAUUCCUUGCCUUACUAGGUCUUAUAAUGGCUAUGUUUUCGCUUGGAAUGGACAUAAUGAUCAGCAAACUCCAAGAGGGUCAUAUGGCGUUCUAUCGCCAUUUAAAAAGCGACCCGAUCUGGAUUAUAUCGUUCUUCGUCUGGACGCUGUAUGUUGUCGUUCUCAUCUGUGCAUCAGCUCUCUGUGCCCAUUAUAUAGCCCCACAAGCCAUAGGCUCUGGAAUACCUGAGAUGAAGACCGUGUUGCGUGGAGUGAUUCUCAAAGAAUACCUAAGCGUACGAACUUUGAUAUCAAAAUUAUCGGUUACGGGACCAUUCGUGCACAUUGCAUCAGUGGUAGCGAAUCAGUUGAAUCGUUUCCUGACCAGGUCAUGGCGGCUUAAUGUUCAAAUGAAUCAGAGAGCGAACGAAUUGCUUGGCAGCGGCUGUGCAGUCGGUGGAUGGAAUGCAUUUACUUGCGCUGUCGGAGGUGUGCUGUUCUCGAUCGAAGUCACAGCUGCGUACUUUGCCAUCCGAAACUAUUGGCGCGGAUUCUUCGCCGCCACUUGCAGUGCCACUCUCUUUAGUGUGCUUCGAGGAAUACGUAAAGGAGCUGGCAGCAAUUCGUCCGCUUGGACUGAUAUAUUGGAAAUGUCAAUGGAAGCUCACUAUCAAACAAAUUUUACAAUAACCGACACUUACGCUUCUUCAGAGUUAAUGGCUUUU